AUGGCUUUCAAUAAGAAAUAUGCGGGGCUUCCGGAUCUGGACCUCGCGCCCGAUAUCUACGAGACCCCCGAUCUGACCGAUGAAGCGUCCACUGUACCGUCCGCACCAAUUCCAACGCAGACGAUGAUGCUGGCUCCAACCCCGAUAUUGACCGCCAAGGCAUCAAUGCGGAUGAGGCGCGCGCUCACUUCCUCGGGGCUACCGUUGAUGCGCGCGAGGUCAAUUUCUCCGACAGUAUCGCUACGAAACGGAAAGCAUAUAGGAGCAAGAGUCGCAGACGCCGAAGAGAUGAGAAUGGCUUGGAAGAAGUAG